GUCCGUCAGGCUGGGAAUUUCCCGGGGGCGGGACCGCCGCCUCCGGUGCUGGUGGCGGAACGGGGGGCACCGGACCCCGAUCCCGAUCCCGGUCCCGAUCCUCAUCCCGGUCCCGGUCCCGAUCCCGGCAGCAGCCCCGCCCCGGGGCGUGCGGCAGGGAUGCCCGGCUGGGAGAUAGGUGACUGAACAGCAAGCAUGGAAGGGAGAGGACCUUACCGCAUCUACGACCCUGGUGGGGGCUCAGAGGAGAAUGGAUCCACGGCCUUGGAGCGCCUGGUGGAGGAGAACACCCGGCUGAAGGAGAAGAUGCAGGGGAUCAAGUCUAUUGGAGAGCUUCUGGAGGAGUCCCAGGUCGAGGCAUCCAAGCUGCGGCAGAAGGCAGAGGACCUUGUGAAGGACAACAAAAUGCUGAUGGCAUCAUCUUCCUUGGAGGACUUGGUGAAAACUGGAGCUGUCGGCCCUGAUCCCAGCUUCACACGGGCAGCCCCGGGCAGCGCCCAGACGGACAUGGAAGUACGGAAAUCACCUCCGAGUGGAUCCUCCUCGGAGUUUGAGGUCGUCACUUGUGUCGAAGCACAAGGGUUUCCCCAGGAGAGCAGGAGAGCGGACUUGGAGCAGCCGCUGAACGAGGAUGCCAACCUGUUGCCCCAGCUGCAGCAGCUGGAGAACACGCUGAGCGGCUGUGCCAAGGAGGCCAGCAAGGACCAGGUCUUCGUGCGCAUGGGCUACAUGGCCUCCGAGCUCAAGCGCUUGGCCUCCAAGGUGCACAAGAACGAGCAGAGAACGUCGUUCCUGCAGACGCUGUGUGAGACGCUGCACAGUGAGAACAAGGAACUGCGCACCAAGCUGGAGCGGGACCUGGAGCAGAGAAACCAGGCUCUGGAAAAGCUCAGGUGCGAGAACCAGGAGCUCCGGAGGAUGGUGACGCUGAGCAGCCAGGACAGCGGGAAGAGGGAAGCUGCUGAGCAGCAGCAGAGCGGGGCCAUGGUGGAGAAGGCGCCGGGCAGAGAAGAGCUGGAAGCCAAGGAAAAGAAGGUGAAGAUCCUGGAGCACCAGCGCAGGGAGCUGCUGGAGGUGAAUAAACAGUGGGAUCAGCAUUUCCGCGCCAUGAAGCAGAAGUACGAGCAGAAGGUCACGGAUCUGCACCAGGAGCUGGCCGAGGCCCGCAGGGCACUGACCGAGCUGGAGGCGGAGCGGGAACAAAAGCAACGGGAUUUUGACCGCAAGCUGCUCCUGGCCAAGUCCCGCAUUGAAACGGAAGAGGCAGAGAAGGAAAGGCUGUCCAUGGAGGUGAGAGACCUGCAGCAGAGGAUGCGGUUCCUGCAGGAGCAGCUGGCUCCGGUCACCAGGCAGCGGGAAUACCAGGAAAAGGAGAUCCAGAGGCUAAACAAGGCACUAGAAGAGGCCCUGAAUGUCCAGGCCUCUCCACCACCCAUCUUUGCCAUGGAGCCAGCGGGGAAGCUGCCACAGCAGGAGCUGCUGACCCAGAAUGAGCUACUCAAGCAGCAGGUGAAAAUUUUUGAGGAAGACUUCCAACGGGAGCGGAGUGACAGGGAGAGGAUGAAUGAGGAGAAGGAAGAGCUGAAGCAGCAGCUGGAAAAGCUGCAGAAGCAGUUGGUCCUCUCCAACAACCAGCUACGAGCCUCCAAAGACGACUGCCAGAGGGAGAAGGAGGAGAAGGAGAAGCUGAAGAAGCUGCUGAAACAGCACAAACAGGCUUCUGGAGAGAGGCUGCACCCCGAGCCGGUGCCAGGGCCGCUGGGCCCUUCCUGCCCCAUGUACCAGUACCAGUACAGUCCCCCCAUGGCUCACCCCAUGUACCAUGGCUUCGAUGAGUGGCAGCAGGUCCGAUACCCGCCAGCCAUGCCGGGCGAGCACACGCCGGGACAGAACUUCCAGCAUUUUCCCCCGCCCGAGUACCCUUGGCGCCCACCCUGUGCCAUGGUUCGCAGCCAGAACGCCCAAGCAGUGGCUGGGGUGAAACCAGUCCCCAAGGACUUGGAACAGGCAGGUCCUGGAUUGCCCUAACGCCAAGGACCGGCCGCGCUCCGACACCACUGGAAGAGGAAUAGGGUGUGUGUGUGUGCCCGUGUGUGUGUAUCCAGGAGCUUCCUCCAGCUGCCGAUCCCUGUGUGUGGACAUGUGGUGCACGUGGCUGCACUCGUGGCCUGGAUUGGCUCGGCAGAGCAUCCCCCCAAGAAAAUCAUGAAGGAGGGACUGGAGGGGCCAUCGCGGUGGCGGCCAGUGCAGGGUCAGUCCCCUGCAGCCUUCCCCUUCCCCCCGAGGUGUCAGGCCUGGCAUCGCUGUAGAACUGAGUCAGGUCUUCGGGGAAGAGGAGCCAGCGUUUCCCAGGAGCGUACCAGGAGCUGCCCCGGUCCAGGGGCUUGGGUUCGGCCCCUGGAGGAGCGGGUGACGACGAGGACUCUCCCAGUGGUGGGAGGUCCCACUCUCACAGGCAGGUGCCGGCCACAGCCAUGGCCCGGCCUGAGCCUGGUUGGUGUCUUUGUAUUUAUUUAAGGACUGAAGUGUG